AUGGACGGCCAACUCAUCGGUUGUCGACGGAUACGCUUCCAGUCGCGUGUACCCACAACUUCCGCCAACAAUUGCGCUCUCAACGCUGCCACAGAGGGGGACACGCAAAGGGGCAUGAAGCUCUUCGCCGCCGCCUACGACAAAUCCAGCCUGAUCAUGAAUACGGAGAAAAAGGUAGUCAUGCACCAGCCCCCGCCCAGCACUGCCUACGGCGCACCCCAAAUCGACGUGAACGGAGCCACACUGUAAGACGUGGACAACUUCAUCUAGCUGGGCAGCACCCUUUCUCGCAGCAUAAAAAUUGACGACGAAGUGGACCGUCUGACUUCUAAGGCUAGCUAGGCAUUCGACAAAACGGAAAAUCGCUUCGGACAUGCCCAAAUCCACCAACUCCUGAAGUUUUUUCGGAGGAUGUACUUUACGUUCGACGGAACAAUCUAUGAGCAUGCGAAGGACACGCCAAGGGGCUCACUGACUUCGGGACUCAUCGCCGAGGCGGUCAUACAAGGGCUGGAGUCGCUGGUUUUGCGACACCACAGACCGAAACUCUGGGUUCGGUAUGUGGAUGAUACCUUAGUCGUCAUCGAACGGGAUCAGAUGCUGACAUUCAAAGGGCAUCUCAACGCCGUCUUCCCGGACAUACAAUUUACGAUGGAGGAGGAAGAAAACAACCAGCUGGCCUUCCUGGAUGUCCUCGUCUGCCGCAAGGAUUGUGGUGGUUUGAAAACCAAAGUGUUCAGAAGGGCGACAAAUACGACUUAAAUACUGGACUUUGACAGCAAUCACCCGAUCAGUCACAAACAAAUUUGCGUAAGGACGCUAUACCGGCGCGUUGAAACGCGUUGCAGUGAAAUGUAAGACGAGGUUGCUGAAUUACAAUAUCUUCGACGGGUACUGAGGGUCAAUGGCUACCCGCUCAACUUUGUCAACAAUUGCAUAGGAAAACGACACCAGAGACCAAAUCUAACCGGCCCCUAAAUUUGGGUGGGUUCUUCCGUACGUGAAGAAGGUCUCGGAAGCUGUCAGUCGUCUUCUCACUGCACUUGGAGUUGAGGUCACACACGGGCCGAAAGCAACCGUUAGGCGCCAAGUCAUGUGGCCGUAAGACCCACUGCCACGGCAAGAAAUGUCAGAAGUCUUUUACCGCAUCUGAUGCAGUUGCGGACAAAGCAACUACGUCGCAGAAACUGGGAGAUUAAUCCGGACGCGAAUUGUCGAGCACACAGCAGCCGUGAAGCGGAGAGACGCUAGCUCUCAGGCCGUGACUCAUUCGACGGGACCCGGCCAUAUUUUGAAGCUUCAAGAGGCCAGAACCGUCGCAAGGGGUGACAACCGCGUGAGCCGCGAGCUGCUCGAGUCAUGGUUCUCAGGCCCGCAAUCCAUCAACAAGUCCAAUGACCUCCCGGUACCAUAUUCUGUGCUGAGAUUUUCCGUGGGUAGGGGAAUCAGUCACGUAGGGAGGGUGCGGGCGAGCAAAUAUCCCAGUGAUAAUGAGCCAAUUUGCCUAGUAAUCGUCACACCAACGUCCAAUACGGAUGACGAAAUCGCGGCCAUUAACGACUCGGACGCUGACUGACAAGCCAUCAUCGCAUCACUUACGACCCCAGCGGUGAUUGCGACAACUGCUAGUUACAGUACGCAUAUAGUACCCCGGCAGUCGCUUGCUAUAUAUACUGCAUUCCCUGCGCCACCAUUACCCCUAUCUGCGAUUUUCUCCGAUGAUGGAUUCGAGUGAGAAUCCGAAAGGUCAGGCCAACAAAUUUCUUGAUCGCAUCUACGUCUUCUGAACUGUUUCCUGGGACUUGUCUGUUCGCUUCUAUCAGUAAGCGUACGGUCGCCUGCAUAACACUGCCAGGGAUCGCUACGUUCUCCAUCUGAGUACCAAAUUCAAGAUGUACAAAUCGAUCAUCCUGACGACGCUGCUGUAUGGAGCGGAGACCUGGACGAUGUACAAGAAGCAGGCGCGGAGGCUAAGCCUCUUCCACCUCAGCUAUAUUGGCGAAUAAUAAAGUCGAGGUGGCAGGAUCGGAUCCCGGACGCGGGCGUACUAAAGCGGAUGGGAAUCUUCAGUGUCUACGCCGCACUGAGAUAAUUGCUACUGCACUGAAGCGGGCACUUUGUGCGGAUGAUGAACGGCUACCAAACGACUAUAAUGGAGAUGUUGCCACGUGAUCCCGGUCGACAAGGAGUUCAGAUCCGGCGUUACAAGGAAAUUUUACAGACUUCUCCUAAGCGCUUACAGAUCAACUCGGCCUACUGGGAAGAACUCACACGGGACCGGCUGGCCUGGAGGAGGAGAGUGAAGACAGGGGCAGUGACCUACGAAGACAAUCGAACAACCGCCGCCAAAGCCAACUCCAGUCUCGCAAAUCUCAACUGCGCCCACCUCGUAACGCCAAUGCUCGACUGCCUUCGACCUGCCCACAGUGUCAACAGAUGUUCCGGGCAUGAGUCGGCCUUAUUGGACGUCUUCGCAUCAACUACAAUACCCGGACGACAACAGCUGAUGUCUCCCUGUCCAUCCCUGCCUCGUUCCCUACGUCGAAAAUCAACCCCCAUCGCGCUCCUGAUCUCCCAUUGGCAUCUUCCACCGCCUCAAUAUCUGCUUCGGUGA